UAGCCCCAUGGAGUUAGUUACAUUUAAACUAGUAAAACUGAAAACUAAAUAUUCACUUCACACUAGCCUUCAUGCAAGUGCUCAAUAGCCUAUGGGGCUAAUGGCUACUAUACUAGACAGCACCAGUUUGGAACAUUUUCAUCAUCUCAGAAACUUCUGCAGUUGACUAGCGCCACUCUAGACUCGAGGUAGCCACAGGGACUCCCUUGGAGGGUGAGUAAAAUCACCAAUCAAGAAUGCACGUGGUUGAGAACCCUCAGUUCCAGAUUCCGAAUGACUCGAGUGACAGACACCAUUUCCAUAGGGACCACCCCAAAAGACAGAGGCCCAUGGCUGGGCCAGGACUGCAGAGGGCUUGAGGGGUAUGCUGACUGCACCAGUGAUUGAAGAGCAACUUCUCUUUUGCAAUCCUUGCUGGUCUGACAGGCUCCUGCAGAAUUACAUCACUUCCUAAAAAGCAGGCAAACACUUCUCCUUCAAGUUCGCACCUACCCAAACAAGCAGGAAACAGGAAAUGUUCACGUUUCAGGGAGGCUGAAGCCAGCACAGCAUCAUGCCGGAGGGAGAGCCCAGGAGAGUGGACAGGAAGGCUCCCCGCGCUGCCCUCCUCUUUGCCCUGAUAAUCGCGCUCCUUCCCUAUGGCCGGGCUCAGGAGAAUUCUAGCACAACAGAGGAGCCGACAGAUACACCCGAGGAAGUGGGAAGUACAGAUAAAGAUGCUACUAUCAUAACCACAGCUGCUACAACAGUGGCCACAGAAACACUCACCGAAUUGACGGAUUCUGCCUUCCUGGAAGAAGAGGAUCAUCCGCUCGAGUUCAUAUUAAUGGUGUCGAUCCCAUUGAUUUUACUGGCAUUUCUACUCUUAUCAGUGGUAUUCAUUAUGAUAAGAUAUAAAAGAAAAAAAACUAAACAAGAAUCUUCUGUCCAAGGAUCUCAGAGUAUUUUCCAGACAUAUGAACUGGGAAGCGACAACCUGAAACUCCCAAUUUUUGAGGAAGACACACCGUCUGUUAUGGAAAUAGAAGUGGAAGAGCUUGAUAAGUGGAUGAACAACAUGAACAGAAAUGCCGACAGUGAGUGUUUGCCUACCGUGAAAGAAGAAAAGGAAUCAAACCACAGCCCCAGUGACAACGAAUCCUAAAACUGAAUGGGGCUCAUGUGUUCCGAGAGAAGCAGCUCCGGAGGGAGCCUGCAGGGCCUGCCAACGGAGAAUGAAGAGGAUAUAAAUUUAAUUAAUUUCAAAUCAACAUAGACGCAAGAAUCUCCCGCUGUUUCUUCCAACGCCCACUCCUCCUCACGCUGGCGUCACCUGUACUUGGAAGAAUGUGCUUCUGAGAAGGCGGAGGAAGACGCCUGGCUGACGGCCAUCGCCGAGGGUGGAGGCGCCGUAGGACCAGAUACCUCGGCCUCGGCCUCGGCCAAGCUCUCGCUGACGCACUCCCGCAGCUGGGCUCUGAUCUCCGCUCUGGGCGGCAUCCCUGUUACCUCUCCGCUUCAUUCCUCAGGGUUCACACCAGGAAGCUGUUUUAUCUCUGGUUUCCUUCUGGGUCUCAUUGUUACCUAAUUAGCUUUGGGUAAUGUCCUCUGAUUAGUCAAGUGCUUUGAUAGGUCACCUGCAUCUGGCAGGACCUUUUCUCAAGGUGAGUCAAACAAUGCCAACAAACGACAGACGUGUUUUACUGUGUAUACCAGGCUAGAGGUUGACAAAGUCCUCUCCGCCGGCCAAGAAGACACAGGGAGAGCCCACAGUCCUGAGAUGUUGUUGGGUGACGCGUAGACCCCCUUUGGCCAGAUCCAGUCACUCCUGGGAACUUCUCAGAGGAAGAGGAAUCUCCAAUGAAAGAGCAAACGUUUCGGUCUCAGCCAAAAUCAGCUACUUGUCCACAUUUCCCCCAAGCUCGUUCUUGUUGUCACUCCAGCUCCCUGGCCUGCGUGUGGGUAGGGAGUGUGCGUAAGGGCGGGUCCUCUGUCAGCUGUGUGCUGCUUGUCUCUGAGAUCUUUAAGGUCCCUGGAGACAGACAAAAGGGGAAUAGGAAAUACCUGUGCCCGUGGCGGACGUCACUCGCCACCUCAGAGGUCUUUCCUGCUAAGUUGGAACAAGCCUCGGAUCCUCCUCCACGCGGCUCUCCGGCCGCCAUCGGCCCAUCAGAGCUGACAUUCUGUGCGAUGUCUGUGCGCUCUGUGUGGGCAUCCUUGCGCUAGAGGCGGGGGCGCAGCGCGAGGGAGGGCCUGCUUCUCUCUCCCACUCACGCAAAACCGAUCUCCACCUGAUCCUUGGUGUUCAGACUCAGACCUUUAGAGCAGUCGAGCGAAUGGGAGCCCCUCCGGUCCUCUAUGACACCUGAUGCUGUAUUCCAGAAAAGAAACAGAGAAUAAAAAGCUUUAUUUAUUUUACUCCUCGCAUAUCAACUGAAGGAAGAGGAGGUUUACCAAGCGUUUGCCGCUGAAUUUUGGGUCUUGCGUUUGAAAGGCUGCCUUGAAUGCGUAACACAAACCAGCCCUCCUCCCUUUCUGAAUCCAGUGAACUAGGACUUGCCUUCUGAAUGAAGCUCCUACUUCUGAACGCAGGGUCCCAAACCGGGGAGGCCGGUCCACACAGUGAAAGGCAGACCUGGGGUGGUUCGACCACUGUUGGUCUGCCGUCCCACACUGCACAGAGCUCGGCGAGGGGCACCUUCCUGAUAUCUAACUUCAACAGAGACCUCUGUCAUAUCUCUUUGGGACAUCCUAAUAUGCCAUUUUUGUUUCCAGUGCUGUGGUACAUAUUCAUAUUUACCUUGUGGUCCACAGGGACUCUCGGAUGCCAAAAUCGCCCCUUUCUGAGUCACCAUUCGGCCCGCGUGGUUUCUCUGAGCAUGUUCCUCAUCAGCGCCGGGCUCUCAGAAGAGUCUCAGUUCUCUCUCUCUCUGGGUAGCUGAGAUUCCAGCUGAACUCUUGGACCCGUAAACUCCACCCGGUCCAAUCAAAUAAUGGACUUUAAAAGUUCUGGGACGUUUAAGAGUCUUGGAAUCUCGUUUGAUGAAGCAAUAUUUUAAAGGAUAAAGUUGUCCUUACUCAGUAUUUAAAAUAAUUUCAAAUUCCACAGGGAGCCAAACUUCAGCAACAAGUCAUUGAGUUUAUAAUGGAAAGACGCACUAACUUCUAUAAUUGUCCGCUGUACACGGCUCUUCUUAAAGUCAUAGGUGAUUCUGGCAAGACGCAUGACAUUGGUGUGGGUCGGCCCAGCUGAGGACCACUACCAGCGCCCUGCGGGUGUAUGACUGUUCCAAUCCGUUGGCAUCAUAGAUUCAUGAUACUUAAAACAUUAAAAAAAACCCAAAGUUAAUGUUAUGUUUCAUAUUGUUAGUAAAAAAAUCUCAUUGAUUUGCCCAAAUUAGGUAGCCAGUCAGAGCAAAACCUGACUUUAGAAUACUUAAAAAAUAUAUAUUUUGUUGCAUUUUUGUACACUUUAAGCACACCAGGUUAACAACAUUGCCUAGUUGAACCCCUCGGGAAACUUGUUUUAAUAAGUGUGUAAAAAUAACUAUCCUCACUCAGUGACGUGACUUCUCUCCCCGGGAAGGCCACCAUCGGCCGAACAGGAGCACACAGCUUGGGUCGGCCGUGACACCCAGGGGGUGACAGAUGCUUGUAUGGACACCCUUAUAGCUCUAGCAAUGCAGAUAGUUUCUUUAAAAAAUAUUUUGUCCAUUUUUCAUUUUGUAUGUUUCAACAAUUCAUUGUUACCAGCUCUGAGAGAAGGCGCCAUGUCGAGUGAACAUAAAAUGUAGAUGCUCAUUUCAACCUCUGUCAGAAUUAGUGCCGAUUCUGAAUAUGGUGAAGGGAUGAGACACGGUUUCAUGCUGGGAAGACUCCGCUAAAGUUCUCAGCGUGGGUAAAAGAUUGAAAUUUAAAAUUUAAAAAAUUUACACAUGAUACUUUUUCACACUCAGAAGACACUCGGGAUAAAUUCUGGGGUUUCCAUUUAAUAUUUCUAUUAGGCAGUCCAGAGUAGCUUCUCUCAUACAGUAUUAUUUUUUAUCUUACAAUAAGCAGAAGAGUCACUGUAUAUUAGUUGGAGCAGAAUUAUUCAAAUUGGUUAUUAAUAAUUUCAGAACCCAAGCAACCAAUUAUUAUUAUUAUUAUUAUUAUUAUUAUCUCUGUGACCUUGCCUGAUACUGCC